GGUCCAGGACCGGAGCUGGAAACUUAGUGUGGUCCGAUCUGCCUGCCCUGAGAGUCAGCAAAAUGAUUUAGCCUGUUCUCAGAGAAACUUUUUAAGGGUUGGAAGACAUGGCUGCUUCUGAACUUUACUCCAAGUAUGCCCGUGUAUGGAUCCCAGAUGCAGCCGAAGUGUGGAAGUCAGCAGAGCUUAUCAAAGACUACACUCCUGGGGACAGCACCUUGUCUCUGCAGCUGGAAGAUGGCACGGAGGUGGAACAUAAAAUAGACACUCAGACCAACCACCUGCCACCACUAAGAAACCCAAACAUCCUGGUGGGAGAAAAUGAUCUCACAGCUCUCAGCUACCUCCAUGAACCUGCAGUCCUACACAAUCUCAAAGUGCGCUUUGUGGACUCCAAGUUGAUUUACACAUAUUGCGGCAUUGUCUUAGUUGCUAUCAACCCUUAUGAGAGCCUACCCAUCUAUGAAGAGGAUAUCAUCCAUGCAUACAGGGGGCAGAAUAUGGGGGACAUGGACCCUCAUAUAUUUGCAGUAGCAGAGGAAGCAUACAAACAAAUGGCCAGAGAUGAAAGGAACCAGUCUAUCAUAGUGAGCGGUGAGUCGGGAGCUGGUAAAACUGUCUCUGCUAAAUAUGCCAUGCGUUACUUUGCCACUGUCAGCUGUUCCUCUGGUGAGGCCAAUGUUGAGGAGAAAGUGCUGGCUUCCAGCCCCAUCAUGGAGGCCCUUGGGAAUGCCAAGACAACAAGAAAUGACAACAGCAGCCGCUUUGGAAAGUAUAUUGAGAUUGGGUUUGACAAGAAGCACUGUAUAAUUGGAGCUAACAUGAGGACAUACUUACUGGAAAAGUCUAGAGUUGUGUUUCAGGCUCAUGGAGAAAGGAACUACCAUAUAUUCUACCAGUUGUGUGCAUCUUCCCAUUUGUCUGAGUUCAAAGCCUUCAGGUUAGGUUGUGCAGAUGACUUCCAUUAUACAAACCAAGGUCAAAGUCCAGUCAUUGAUGGAGUAGAUGAUGCCAAAGAGAUGAACAAUACCCGGAAGGCUUUCUCAUUGCUUGGAAUCAAUGAAGGUGAUCAAAUGGCAAUUUAUCAAAUUCUAGCAGCUCUUCUUCAUCUUAGCAAUGUGGAAGUAAAAGAACAGUCAGCAGACAAAAGCAGCAUCAUGCCAGACAAUGCCCAUCUGCUGGUAUUUUGUGAGCUGAUGGGGGUGCCCUGUGAGGAAAUGGCGCACUGGUUAUGCCACAGGAAGCUCAAGACGACCACAGAGACCUACGUCAAGCCUGUCCCCAAAAUAAAUGCAGUCAAUGGCCGAGACGCCCUCGCCAAACACAUCUAUGCCAGACUCUUUAGUUGGAUUGUGGGCCGUGUUAACAAUGCGCUAAAAUCUUCAGUGAGACAACACUCGUUCAUUGGUGUACUUGACAUUUAUGGGUUUGAAACAUUUGAUGUGAACAGCUUUGAACAGUUUUGCAUCAACUAUGCCAAUGAGAAGCUUCAACAACAGUUCAACUUGCAUGUCUUCAAGCUAGAGCAAGAGGAGUACAUGAAAGAGCAGAUUCCUUGGACAUUGAUCGACUUCUAUGACAACCAGCCAUGUAUCAAUCUCAUUGAAGCCAAGUUGGGUGUCCUUGACCUUCUGGAUGAGGAGUGCAAAAUGCCCAAAGGCUCUGAUGACACAUGGGCCCAGAAGUUAUACAAUACCCUCCUUAAGCGGAAUGCACACUUUGAUAAACCCAGGUUAUCAAACAGAGCUUUCAUCAUCCACCACUUUGCAGACAAGGUGGAGUACCAGUGUGUGGGCUUCUUGGAGAAAAACAAGGACACGGUCAAUGAGGAGCAGAUAAACGUGUUGAAAAAGAGCCAGUUUGAAAUGUCACUGAGGUUGUUUGAAGAUGAUGAGAAGGCACCAAGCUCUACCAACAAGAAGUCUAGCCCUGGACGAGCUGGUCAGAAGGAUACAAAAAAAACUGUUGGACUGCAGUUUCGUCAGUCUUUACAUUUGCUGAUGGACACACUUAAUGCUACAACUCCUCACUAUGUACGCUGCAUCAAGCCAAAUGACCAUAAGGCUCAAUUCACCUUGGCCCCUGUUAGGGCAGUUCAGCAGCUACGAGCUUGUGGCAUCCUUGAAACAGUCCGGAUCUCAGCAGCAGGUUUUCCAUCUAGAUGGACCUAUCAAGAAUUUUUUGUUCGUUAUCGGGUCCUCAUGAAACAAAAAGAUGUGCUUCCUGAUAGGAAACUGACUUGCAAAAAUCUCCUAGAGAAAUGUAUUAAGGACCAGAAUCAGUAUCAGUUUGGUAAAAACAAGAUCUUCUUCAGAGCUGGCCAGGUGGCUUACUUGGAGAAGCUACGCUCUGACAAGCUACGUUUGGCCUGUGUUCGCAUUCAGAAAACUAUCCGCUGUUGGCUAGCCCGUAAAAAGUACCUGAGGAUGAGGGAAGCAGCCAUCAUCAUUCAGAAGCAUGUGCGUGGUCACCAGGCACGCUGUUAUGUGAAGUUCCUGAGGCAAACCAGAGCGGCUGUUGUCAUUCAACGCAAUGUACGAAUGUGGGCAACAAGGAGACGCUACCAGAAACAACGUUCUGCUGCUAUCACCCUCCAGUGCCUCUUCAGAGCAUAUAUGGCUCGACAGCAGUUUUAUAAGAUGGUGUAUGAGCAAAAGGCUGUUGUCAUUCAGAAGUGGGUAAAGGGCUGGCUGGCAAGGCAGCAUUAUAAACGUACCGUGGCUGCCAUUGUCCUCCUGCAGAGCUGUGUACGUCGCAUGAAAGCCAAGAGGGAAUUAAAGAAACUUAAAGUGGAGGCACGCUCUGUGGAGCACUUCAAGAAGCUUAACUUUGGCAUGGAAAACAAAAUUAUGCAGUUGCAGCAUAAGAUAAAUGAGCAGCAUAAGGAAAACAGAGAGCUCAGUGAGAGGCUGAAUGUUGUGGAGAAGACCCAGGGUGUGGAGAGAGAACGACUGAGCAGAGAGAUUGAAAACCUGCGAAGGUCAGAGCAGGAGGCCAAAGCUAAAGCAGAGUCGGUACCCUCACUGCUGGAGCAGCUCACCUUCCUUCGCCAGGAGCUGGACACCACCCGAAGAGAGAAAGAUGAACUGGAAAAGGAGGCAAAGGUCUACCGGGAGACAACACAAGAGAUGGUAGAGGAGCUGAAUAUGAAGAACAGCUUGUUGAACAAUGAGAAGGAUGAACUGAAUAAACUAAUCCUGGAACAAACCCAACAGUUAACAGAGAUUAAAACCAAUGUUGUAAAGACUAAACAGCUGGAGAAAGACUUAAAUGAGGAGCGUUCCCGUUACCAAAGUCUACUAAGUGAACACCUUUCUCUGGAAGAGCGACAUAGAGAUCUGAAGGAGGAGAUGGACCUCAACAUUAGUCCAAGCAAAUCUGGUCACAAGAGGACAGACUCCAACUACAGCAGUAACUCAUCAGAUUUCAGUCUUAGUUUAGGGUCUACAGAUGGAGAGGACAGCUCUACACACACAGAGGAUGAGGAUCAGUCCACAGUUGACCUACCAGUCCUUCUGAAGCUCCAGAGGAGAAUAAAAGAACUAGAGCAGGAAAAAAAGUCACUUUGGCAGCAAAUUGAUAAGAAAGAAGAAGCCCAACAGGAAAAAGCAAAAGAGGCGGAGGAGCAGAAAAAUGUUGGCAGAGCAGAACUAGAUUUGGAAACACUGAAGCGGCAAGAACUGGAAUCUGAAAACAAGAAGCUGAAGCAGGAUCUGAACGAGCUGAGAAAAUCUCUGACUGAAGAGAGCAAGGAUCUGGUGCCUCCUGCUCCGGGAUCGCUGCCGUACCAGAUACUUCUGGAACAGCUCAACUCUUCCAACGAUGAACUGGAGAUGAGGAAAGAGGAAGUCCUUCUUCUCAGAUCACAUAUGGUCCGCCAGGAGGCUCUUAAAUAUAAGGACUCUGCUCUGGGAGAAGGUGUGAAUUUAGAUCUUACUGAGAUUCCCACAAUUCAAGAUGCUGACAGGUCCACUGACAUCCACACACUGAAUGAAGAUGGAGAGCUGUGGUUGGCUUAUGAAGGCUUAAAAGAGACCAAUAGGCUUCUGGAGUGCCAGAUGCGGGAGCAGGCACGUAUUCACAGUGAGGAAACUAAGACGCUGCAGGAACAGGUGUCCAAGUUUAAGAAGGAAAAAGAGCAGCAGCAGAAGCUGUUGGCCCAGAGCCUCCUCCUGCCUGAAGAUGCACGGAUUGACGCAAGCCUGCAGCAUGAGAUCACACGACUCACCAGCGAGAACCUGGAACUCAUGGAGCUACAAGAGAAACAAGAUAAAACCAUACGCAAGCUGAAAAAACAACUUAGACUUUAUAUGAAAAAGCUUGAGGAAUAUGAAGUGAGUUCUCAGCAAAAGAAUAACUCAUCCAAUAUGAACGCUCCGAUGAGAGCCAUAAAUAUCACCCGUAAAGAGAAAGAGUACCAGGGCAUGUUGGAGUACAAGCAGGGUGACGAGAGUAAACUGCUCAAGAACUUGGUCGUAGAUCUGAAGCCCCGUGGUGUUGCAGUCAGCCUCAUUCCUGGGCUUCCAGCCUACAUUAUCUUCAUGUGUCUGCGAUAUGCUGACAAUAUUAAUGAUGAUCAGAGAGUCAGCACGCUCCUAAAUUCCACCAUCAGCAGCAUCAAAGGGGUCAUUAAGAGACGAGGAAAUGAUUUUGAAGUGGUGUCCUUCUGGUUGGCAAACACAUGUCGGUUAAUGCACUGUCUGAAGCAGUACAGUGGAGAAGAGGUGUUUGUGACGUGCAACACUCCCAAGCAGAAUGAGCACUGCUUGACCAACUUUGAACUGUCGGAGUACCAGGGGGUUUUCGGUGAUCUGGCCAUCCAAAUUUACCGUCAGCUCAUUAAAUGCAUGGAGGACAUCCUGCAGCCCAUCAUUGUGGUGAGCAUGUUGGAGCACGAGACCAUCCAGAGCGUUCUAGGAUCCAAACCGACAGGCCUGAGAAAGAGAAGCAGAAGUUCCUCUGUGAACGAGGCUGUUACGGUGGAUGCUCUCCUGCAGCGUCUCAGCUUCUUCCACACUACAAUGAAUCAACAUGGGAUGGACCUGGGGGUCAUAAAGCAGGUGGUCAGGCAGCAGUUUUACAUCAUCUGUGCCGUCACGCUCAACCACCUGUUGCUGCGUAAAGACAUGUGCUCCUGGAGUAAAGGCCUGCAGAUCAGGUACAAUGUUUGGCAGCUGGAGGAGUGGCUCUCUGAGAGGGAGUUGGCAGACUGUGGAGCCAAAGAGACUCUGGAGCCGCUGGUUCAGGCGGCUCAGCUCCUGCAGAUUAAAAAGAAGACCGAGGCUGACGCCCAGGCCAUCUGCAACAUGUGCACUGCCCUCACCACAGCACAGAUUAUUAAGGUAUUGACAUUAUACACCCCAGUGAUUGAGUUUGAAGAACGAGUGCCAACUACUUUCAUUGACACUAUUAAAGACAUCUUAAAAGACAGAGUCCAGUCAUUCGCCCUGAUGAUGGACACCAAGAAGAUUUUCAGCGUCACCCUCCCCUUCACUGCCUCCUCUGUGGCUCUGGAAACCAUUCAGAUCCCUGCUAGUCUUAAUCUGGGUUUUCUCUCCCGCAUCUAGGCCAGAGAUCAGGACACACCUAGUUCUCUAAAGUCUGAGUAAAAACACCUGAGGAAUGUGUACCAGUUAUGUUUUCAGGAUCAACCGCAAUAAACAGUUGGGAUGUAUUUAAGCUACUGUUUGACCCUCAUCAGUAGUGGAUGAUAAAUGUAUGAAAAGAAAAAAGGAUUUUCAACAUAAUAUAUUGAUUUGUGUCAGUGGAUGCAUUGCUGAUACAGAUAUAAAUUAUAUUUUGUGAAAUCAAGGUGUUCAUCUAUGCUUUCUUGGACAUGGGUUUUAUAAUAGCCAUGCAAGGAAAUCUAACCUGUAACAACAGAAGUGCAAUGAUUAUAAGGAUAUAAAAAAUACCCUGGUGACUGGAUUACAUGUAGCAUUUUCACAGACACAUUUUUAAUUAUUGACAACCAGGAAAAAAACGUUUAGUUUGCUGCAUCACUAACACUAAUUUAUAUUUUUGAUGACUUUGAAUCAUUGUUAUUUCUGUGCCUUAUUUAUUAUAAGCCACGACAAAAGAAAAUAUGAUUUUCAAGAAUGUUUUGGGGCAACAAACUGUUUUUAGUAAGUUGAAAUAUACUAAACAAGUGCUGUCAUGUUACAAUUUUUGCAGGUCAAGGUUAUUGCAGAUUUGCAGAGGUAUUUCUACUGUUGACACUAAGACACACUAAUGUUCUCUAUAUACAGCUGUAAGUGUUUAACCAUUUAAUCAAUUCUUUGAUAUUUAUGUCUUCAUGCUUAUUUUUUCUGUUAAUGUUCAAUUAAACUUAACCUUUGCAAAUA